AUGAACCUCAUUCCGAGUGUUGAUGGUGAGUUCCCAUACCAAGUCAUGUUUGGGAAGUCGCCAGAGCAACUCAUAAGACUCCUACGUGUUUUUGGAUGUUUAGCAUGGGUAAACAUCCCCAAGGUCAAAAGAGAUAAUAAAAAGUUAGAUCAACGAGCAGUAGCAUCUAUCUUCUUGGGGUAUAGUCUGGAAAGAAAAGGAUGGCUCUUCUACAGCCCAAACAUCUUUUGGAGCAACUCAGCUAGAUUCAUGGAGACAAAAUGCUGGUCCAACAAAACAGAGUGGAAACCAGUAAACAUACACCCACCACCAGUACUAGCAGACGAAGGAGACAUAGACAAUCUUGGAUACACAGAUAUGAACCUCUUUGACGAACAAGAGGAGGAGCCACUGAAUGAGUACAUGAAUAUGAAAGAAACAGAUGGAUUGAACGACGAAGAAGAUCUGGGUGAAGAUACAACAAAGGCAAUAGAAUGCGGGGCUGAUACUGACACCAAAACGCUUGACGACACAUGGACCAAUAGCAAUCACUAUGGACUCAUGGCAAUAAACGAUCAAAAGAGAAGAAACCUAGACCCAACAGUUAGCAAAGCAUUGUCAGGAGAGGACAGGAAACAUUGGGAGGAAGCAAUGCAUAAAGAACUGGAUGGUUUGAAAGCCAUGGAUACAUGGGAAAUCGUCGAUCUCCCCAAAGCCUAUGUUGAUGACAUGCUCAUAGCCUCGCCCAGUUGUAAGGAGGUGGAUCGCACCAAAAGGGAGAUAAUGUCCAAGUGGGGAACAGAAGAUAAUGGCCCAGUGAAAGAGUUCCUCGGCAUCAACAUCAAAUGA